GCGGGCCCGCGGCGCGCGGCAGACACGAGCGGCUGACACGAGCGGCCGCCGCGGGCGGAGGCUGCGCGCCGCAGACCCGGGCGGUGCGAGCGCGAUGGCGGCGGCGCGGGGCUCGGGCUAGCUGCGGGCGGCGCGGAUGGCGGGCGGCGCGGGCUGGGCGGGCGCCCCCGCGGCUCUGCUGCGCUCCGUGCGCCGCCUGCGCGAAGUGUUCGAGGUGUGUGGCCGCGACCCGGACGGCUUUCUGCGUGUGGAGCGCGUCGCCGCUCUCGGCCUGCGCUUCGGCCAGGGAGAGGAGGUGGAAAAACUUGUGAAGUGUUUGGAUCCCAAUGACCUGGGCAGAAUCAACUUCAAGGAUUUUUGCCGAGGAGUGUUCGCCAUGAAAGGGUGCGAGGAGCUGCUGAAGGACGUGCUGUCAGUGGAGAGCGCGGGGACCCUGCCAUGUUCUCCAGAGAUCCCAGACUGUGUGGAGCAGGGCAGCGACAUCUCUAGCUCUACCUUUGCUGAUGGCGAGCACCUCUCCAGGGAACCUGGCUUCUUCCAGGAAGACGAGGAGGAAGCGAUGACAUUGGCCCUGCCUGAGGGACCCCAGGAGUUAGAAAUGGAUAGCCCCAUGGAGAGCAGCCAGGGCCUGGAGGGCUCUGUCAGGAGUCCUGGCGAGAAGGAGCCUGAACUGGGGGGCCUGUACCUGCCAGAGGACAAGUCCCUCGUCCUCACUCCGUCCAUGACCACAUCAGACCUUUCCACUCACUCCACCGCCUCUCUCAUCAGCAACGAGGAGCAAUUUGAAGACUAUGGAGAGGGGGAUGAUGUGGACUGUGCCCCCAGCAGCCCCUGCCCUGAUGAUGAGACCAGAACCAAUGUCUACUCAGAUCUAGGAUCGUCAGUGUCUUCCAGUGCGGGGCAGACCCCAAGGAAGAUGCGGCACGCCUACAACAGUGAGCUGCUGGAUGUGUAUUGCUCUCAGUGCUGCAAGAAGAUCAACCUGCUGAAUGACCUGGAGGCCCGGCUGAAAAACCUGAAGGCCAACAGCCCCAACCGGAAGAUCUCAAGCACAGCUUUCGGACGGCAGCUCAUGCACAACAGUAACUUCAGCAGCAGUAACGGCAGCACUGAGGACCUGUUCCGCGACAGCAUUGACUCAUGUGACAAUGACAUCACAGAGAAGGUGAGCUUCCUGGAGAAAAAGGUCACAGAGCUGGAGAACGACACCCUGACCAGUGGGGACUUAAAGAGCAAGUUGAAGCAGGAGAACACGCAGCUGGUGCACAGGGUGCAUGAGCUGGAGGAGAUGGUGAAGGAUCAGGAGACCACAGCAGAGCAGGCUCUGGAGGAGGAGGCCCGGCGACACCGUGAGGUCUACUGCAAGCUGGAGCGGGAGAAGAGCACUGAGCUGGAGCUGCUCAAUACCAGGGUGCAACAGUUAGAAGAAGAAAACGCUGAUCUGAGAACCACAGUGACUCGACUUAAGUCGCAGACAGAGAAACUGGAUGAGGAACGGCAGCGCAUGUCUGACCGUCUGGAGGACACCAGCCUGCGACUCAAGGAUGAGAUGGACCUUUAUAAGCGCAUGAUGGACAAGCUGCGGCAGAACCGCCUUGAGUUCCAGAAGGAGCGGGAGGCGACGCAAGAGCUCAUUGAGGACUUGCGGAGGGAGCUUGAACACCUGCAGAUGUAUAAGCUGGACUGUGAGCGGCCAGGUAGGGGCCGCAGCUCAUCUGGCCUUGGUGAGUUCAACGCCAGAGCCCGCGAGGUGGAACUUGAACAUGAGGUCAAGCGUCUGAAGCAGGAGAAUCACAAGCUGCGGGAUCAGAACGAUGACCUGAAUGGGCAGAUCCUGAGCCUCAGCCUCUAUGAGGCAAAGAACCUCUUUGCCACCCAGACCAAAGCCCAGUCUCUGGCUGCAGAAAUCGACACAGCAUCCCGGGACGAGCUAAUGGAGGCCCUGAAGGAGCAGGAGGAGAUCAACUUCCGACUGAGGCAGUACAUGGACAAGAUUAUCCUGGCUAUACUGGACCACAACCCUUCCAUCCUGGAAAUCAAACACUGAGCCAGGGCUGGCUGCAGAGCGGCCAUUGGACCUGGGACCUAGGGACAGCCUGCCUGAGGAUAAAGAUGCAGGCAGGACCCCACACUCACUCUGUAAAUGUACCUCUGACCACCCUGUAUGUGUGUGCUAGUGUAUGUGCGGGAGACUGCACACACAGGCAAGGAGUGAGCUUAGGGCCAUGGCUGUGGGUGACCAAAAAACCCCAUGAUGAGCUGUGUGUGCACUUUGCAGCCCCUUUGUGAGGGGCUGAGGGGGCCUGGAUAUGGGAGGGAGACUCUCAGGAGUUAACAGCAAGGACUGGAAGCUUGCAUGUAGGAUACUGAUGAAAUGAUUCUACCUCUGGAUAAGGGUUAGAAGAAGCUCUCAGGAGAUGCCCCCCCAAACCCUACCCUCACCCCAGAGUAGGAACAAAACUGUUAUGCUCUCCAGAGCUUGGUGUCUUUGCUAGCCUUUCUGGCCAUCAUUCAAACCCAGGUUUUUUAAGCUCAAAGAGGAGGAAGGGUGUUGGAGGGGGUACAGGGCCCCCUGUAGAUGGUCCCCUGGGGUGCAGAUAAGUGGCACCAGUGGAUUUGAGUUUACAGAGCAGCUAACGUGCGCUGUCCAUGCCUUUGGGUUGAGUCCUUUGUAGUUUUCCAUGCCCUUACCAGCCUGGUUCUCCUACCUCCCCUUUCUGGUUUGGCUUCAGUUUGCUUUGAAGAAGAGAACUAUACACAGCAUUUACUUGGGGUGGAAGGAAGGCCAAGAACAAGGGUGGAGUGUCCAAGGCAGGUGUUAACACUGGGGGCCAAAGGGAGUGAUUGCCUGGGAGACAUGUUCCCAUGGCUGCAUCUAGCAUGUGCACAGAUGCACCUUGGUGAGGGCGGGCCUGGGGAGGUGGCCACACCCUUCUGACAGCUCUCAGGCACACCUGGAUCUGGUUCCCCUGUUAGAGCAGGCCCUGCCAGUGGGAGGUCAGUGGAGAACAUCAUGGGGGAACCGUAGUCUUCCGUUCUGUGAAUACAUGGUGGGGAUUCCCCCCAACCCCCAGAUUUUUAAAAGAAUAUGAUGUUUUGUUCUAGGCAUCCGGGCAUUGAUGCUAUACCUUGACUGUUGGGCAGUUAGUUUAUCUCUUGUUUUAUGUGGUUUGUGACUGGCUUCCUUAUCCCCAGCCCAGAUAAACAUGGAUGGUCUUGCCUCUUCCUCUUCCGUUUGUUUUCUUGAGCACGUCUUGCGUAAAAGGGAACGUUUGGUCACGUUGGGGAGGCUAGUGAGCGGAAAGGGGGGCAGUUGAAGGUAAAGAGAUGACUUAGGAUAUUUUGCCCUGCUUGGCAGAGACAAGGCUGUGACCAGUUUCAGCCCACUCACUCCUGCUUUCCUUGGCUUUUGAGACCUGUUUUAAUCAUAUGCACAGAGUUGUCUCAUGCUGUGUAGUUGGUAGGUGGGUCACCUUACCCUGCACUGCCUGCAUGAGCCACACCAGGAAGACAAGACUGCUUGAUCUUAAGGUGCAGGUCUCUGCGGGCAUUCUCUGGGGUCUGGGAAGAUAGAGGUAGAAAAAGGCUAGGUUAGUGUCUCCUGAGGCUAUGUCAGUAGGAAGGGAAAAUAAACCAUGGCUUGAGGUUGGUUCAGGUGUCAUGCUGGGAGGAGCGUGGCAGAGGCCAGUUGGUAAUGGUCCUGGCCUGUGGGAGCUGCCCCAGGGAUGGAUGUUUUGUACUUGAAAUUGUAUGGGCCUCUAGUUUCACUGGUGUCCAGAUAGGGCUAGAAGCCAGAGUCACAGCAUAGCAGAAGAGGAAGGGGAUUUCUGUCAAGGCAACAGGCAGGGAAGGCUUUUGGCCCACGUUGUUGGACUGCAAGAAUAGACUCCCCAAGGAAAUGACAAGUUUGGAGGCCCCUAUGGGCCUGGACUCUUGCUAUAGGCCUCUGGAAGAGUGACUUCUGAGGGUGGAGCUGACUUCCAUGCAACACACACCUCAGGCUAAUCCAGCCUUCUUACUUUUCUCAGCCAGGAUGCACUUAGAAAACUUUGUCAACUUGGCCUAAGAUCUUGGUCAUUGUUUCUUGUAGUGGUGGCAGUAGAUUUUUAUCUUUUGAGACAAGGUUUUACACUGUAGCUCUGGGUGCCCUAGAAUUCAAGGUAAUCCUUCUGCCUUAGCCUCCAGAGUGCUGGGAUUGCAGGCAUGAGUCACCACACACAUUUCAUUUUUAAAAGGUUCUGAGCUUGCAAGCCCAGGACUCUGGCACCACAUCACUCAUGGGGGUUGCAGAACUUGGAGCUCUUGCUUCUGCUGCUCCCCCAACUCACUUAAACAUGGGUAAGCUCCCCCUUGAUGUCCGUGUGUCUAGAUUUGGCAUUUGGUUAAAUUUGAAUUUCAGAUAAACCAGUGGUUUUAACUUUUAGAAUCACAAUGUCCCAUGCCAUAGUUGAUGCUUCGGGGGCUUUUUAAUAUUCUGUUCCUCACAUGUUCUAACAGUUGGUACAGGUGUGGCCCAGGCCUUGGAAUGUUUUAAGAAUGCCCCAGGUGUUUAGCUUUGGCCAAUUUAGCCAAAUUGGAGGGGAAGGGUCAGCAGUAACUUGCCAAGAUCCGAGUAGAUUGGGGGCCAUGAAGGGGAUGCACUUUUUAUGUGAUGCUAAACUCCUUGCAUUCCAUUAGAAGCCAGACAAAAUGAACUAUGUCUUCCUGCGUUUGUUUCCUUUUAGCUUCGAAUUGGCUAGAUUUUAUUUCAGACUGGUACCUUUCUUGAGAGUCUACAGAGGAAAUUCCUUUUUAAAGUUUUAUUUCUUACACACUCAAAACACAAACUCAUGAAGCAAGCAGAGCACCAGGACUAGAGAUUGGGUUUGCCAAUUUGCCUGUGUGCUGCUGUCGCCUGAGGAGGCUCUGAAAAAAAUCUGACGAUAGAAGGCUUGGGAACGUCGGCACAGUAGAGGGCCUGGUGUGAGGUUUAGUCCCUAGCAGCAUGAAAAGGAGUUGAUGAUAGGACCAACUGUGAGUUUCUGUGUAACCGGAAGUGGGGAUGGUUCAGCACCUACCUCUCUGCAUUGGUUUCCCCGGUGCUGUUCCUCACAGCUCCAGGUGGGGGCUCCUGUCCUACAAGGUCUUUGGCUCAAGCAGAGAGAAACCUCAUGAAAUGUCUCAGCAUGAGCAGGGCUAGGAAGCUUGCCUUUGACUGGGGUGACGAAGGUGGAUGGAUUUUGGUAAUUGUUCCACUGAGAGACUCCAGCUGCUCUCACUAGCCUGGAAGUCUGUAUCCCUUAGUGGCCCCCAGCCUGGGACUCCUAGAGUCACAGGAGACGUGCAUGGGCCCAUUGCGAAGUGGGGGCUGAUAAUCAGGCAAGAGCUGGGCUUUGACAGCAGCUUUGGGUGCAGUGGCCACUUGUCUCUGGAUUUUGUCCUUUUUCUGACUGCAGUGAGGCUGUCCCAGUUGCUUUCCUGUCAGUGCCAAAUCAGCACCCAGUUCACACUAUGAGGGCUGAGUUGUGAUCCAUACUGGUUCCGAUGGUCCAGGGGUGGCAUUACACAUUGGGCUCAGUAGGGGAUCUGGAGGCUCUGCAGCAAGGCCCGAGAAAGCAGGGAAUGACUGUCUGUGGGGCACUGGCAAAUUUGUACCUGUCUGUAGACAUGACUGAUGGGACCUGGGAAAGGUUUAGGGUAGUCACCAGGCCAGCCUGACAUGCCCAGUGAUUCUGUAGCAGGCCAGGUGACGCUCUUUUUUAGGGCUUCAGCUCUGUCCCUUCCUCCCAAUCUUUCCUCCUACCCCAACCCCCACUGGAGCCCAAGGACUUGCCUCUGUGGUGGCUCCUCAGGUUGGCAUCACUAACAUGUGCCCACCAAGGGGCCUCGUUAGAGUGGCCCAGUUUCGGAGGGCCUCCCUGUCCUGAGGUCCAUCUUGACUUGAAUGUGCAUGGGUGUGUCAGGGUAGCUGUGUCAGGUGACAUCUUUUAGCUGCUCAGCUAAGAAGAGAGCCACUUCUAGAAGGCUUUGUCUCUGAAAGCAUAGCAAGGUGACAGUCCUUAUCACUCUGUUCACCAGGAACUGGGUAUCUUUGAUGUACCCUGCUCGUGGGUUCCUCUUCCCACUGUGACUGUAAUACAGGGAUGUCUACCCCAAGGUACCAGCUGGAGGGCAGCAUCCCAGGCCACCGCCGCUCCUUCAGGCCUAAGUUCUAAUGGCCCUGCCUGUUGUUGGGACUGUCUGCUUUUCUGUUCUGCACAGCUGGUUUUUGUCUGCAUGGUUUGGGGUCCUUGUGCCUUUUUUCCCUUGUGGCCACCACACAGGUUUCUCUGUUACCGACUGCCCCCUUUUGUACACCUCCUUACCUGUCUUCCCCAGUCCUGUGUAUACUCGUGUGUGCAUCCAUGUGCCUCCACCGAGAUCAGCUGGCAGACUCCUGCUGCCCCCAAUCAGGCCCCGCUUCCCCAUAGGUCCCCAGCCUCUAUUGACUUGGUAACUUUUGUACAGGAUCUUUUGUUACAGUCUUAAGCAUAGGGAACACUUAGUCCUUAUGUACCUGCAGCUAGUUUAGAAGCCCUGCAUCCCAGACAAGGAUAGCUUUGUGUAGAGCAGCUUCUCCCACAAACAUCUUCUGUGUGGGUGUGGGUAUUUAUAGAAGACAGAUCACCUUUAACAUGAGGCACUGGCUACAGCAGGGAGGUUGCAGGGCUCUUCUGGAGGAAGCCCCAGCCAUGUGGUUUGCAGUGCUUUCAGUACAUUUGGGUUUAGGGCCAUUGUGUCUCUUGUCUCCACUGUGUGUGUGCUGAAGGAAGUCAUUUGCUACUGUCCCUGCCUGCUAUUACCACCUGUCCAGCCCUUCCUUGUCUGCUGGUGCUCAGACCAGAGUGCCAUUAAUCACCAGACUGAUGUCAGGACUGGGACAUGACAGUGUGUGCUGAGGACACACUUCAGCUCUGGGGUUGGGCCUUCUGGGGCCCAGGUGGAAGUAGCUACAGGCUAUGGGCUCUGAUUCUCCAGGGAUUACAUCUGGGGCUUUGCCCCCAGUGCCAGUAAUUGCAAAUGGCCUUAGCUUUGGGGUUGGAAAGGAACUUCCACUUUAGGCUCCAGGGAGGGGAGAGGGGUGAGUCCCAAACCCUGAACUGUUUGCCUCCAGCCUGUUCUGUCCUGAAAUAGGCUUUCAACGUGGGCACCUUCCAAGGAACUGUAAUGUACAGAACACAGUGUAAAUAAACAGUUGGCUUUUUGUUCCUGA